GCGUCCGCCUCCCUGUACCACCAGUGCCACAGCCUGCAGCCCGCCGCCAGCCCCACGGGCAGCCUCGGCAGCCUGGGCUCCGGGCCCCCGCUCUCGCACCACCACCACCACCCCCACUUGGCGCACCACCAGCACCACCAGUCCCAGGCACGCCGCGAGAGCAACCCCUUCACCGAAAUAGCCAUGAGCAGCUGCAGGUACAACGGGGGCGUCAUGCGUCCGCUGAGCAACUUGAGCGCGUCCCGCCGAAACCUGCACGAGAUGGACUCGGAGGCACAGCCCCUCCAGCCACCCGCGUCCGUCGGAGGAGGCGGCGGCGCGUCCUCUCCGUCUGCGGUCGCCGCUGCAGCUUCGUCCUCAGCCCCGGAGAUCGUGGUGUCAAAGCCGGAGCACAACAACUCCAAUAGCCUGGCGCUCUAUGGAACCGGCGGCGGAGGCAGCACCGGCGGCGGCGGCGGCAGCGGCAGCGGGCAUGGCAGCAGCAGCGGCACCAAGUCUAGCAAGAAGAAGAACCAGAACAUCGGCUACAAGCUGGGCCACCGGCGUGCCCUCUUCGAGAAGCGCAAGCGUCUCAGUGACUACGCGCUCAUCUUCGGCAUGUUCGGCAUCGUGGUUAUGGUCAUUGAGACCGAGCUGUCGUGGGGCGCCUACGACAAGGCGUCGCUGUAUUCCUUAGCUCUGAAAUGCCUUAUCAGUCUCUCCACGAUCAUUCUGCUCGGUCUGAUCAUCGUGUACCACGCCAGGGAAAUACAGUUGUUCAUGGUGGACAAUGGAGCAGAUGACUGGAGAAUAGCCAUGACUUAUGAGCGUAUUUUCUUCAUCUGCUUGGAAAUACUGGUGUGUGCUAUUCAUCCCAUACCUGGGAAUUAUACGUUCACAUGGACGGCCCGGCUUGCCUUCUCCUAUGCCCCAUCCACAACCACCGCUGAUGUGGAUAUUAUUUUAUCUAUACCAAUGUUCUUAAGACUCUAUCUGAUUGCCAGAGUCAUGCUUUUACAUAGCAAACUUUUCACUGAUGCCUCCUCUAGAAGCAUUGGAGCACUUAAUAAGAUAAACUUCAAUACGCGUUUUGUUAUGAAGACUUUAAUGACUAUAUGCCCAGGAACUGUACUCUUGGUUUUUAGUAUCUCAUUAUGGAUAAUUGCCGCAUGGACUGUCCGAGCUUGUGAAAGGUACCAUGAUCAACAGGAUGUUACUAGCAACUUCCUUGGAGCAAUGUGGUUGAUAUCAAUAACUUUUCUCUCCAUUGGUUAUGGUGACAUGGUACCUAACACAUACUGUGGGAAAGGAGUCUGUUUGCUUACUGGAAUUAUGAUAAGGAUAUUUGAGUUGUUCUCUACCCUCUUAUCAACAAAUAUCAACUUGUAUUUGAAGAUCCUCAGAGGAAUUUACCUUGAACCUAGAAAGCUUUUGGAGGUGAGCCAGUUUUGCGUAACAAAAAGAGUGAAAAACGCAGCUGCCAAUGUACUCAGGGAAACGUGGCUAAUUUACAAAAAUACAAAGCUAGUAAAAAAGAUAGAUCAUGCAAAAGUAAGAAAACAUCAACGAAAAUUCUUGCAAGCUAUUCAUCAAUUAAGAAGUGUAAAAAUGGAGCAGAGGAAACUGAAUGACCAAGCAAAUACCUUGGUGGACCUGGCAAAGACCCAGAAUAUCAUGUAUGACAUGAUUUCUGACUUAAACGAAAGGAGUGAAGACUUCGAGAAGAGGAUUGUUACCCUGGAAACGAAAUUAGAGACUUUGAUUGGUAGCAUCCAUGCCCUCCCCGGGCUCAUCAGCCAGACCAUCAGACAGCAGCAGAGAGACUUCAUUGAGGCUCAGAUGGAGAACUACGACAAGCAUGUCACCUACAAUGCCGAACGGUCCCGGUCCUCGUCCAGGAGGCGGCGGUCCUCCUCCACAGCGCCACCAACUUCAUCAGAGAGUAGCUAGAAGAGAAUCAGUUAACCACAAACUAAGACUUUUUGCCAUCAUAUGGUCAAUAUUUUAGCUUUUAUUGUAAAGCCCCUAUGGUUCUAAUCAGUGUUAUCCGGGUUCUGAUGUCAGAAUCCUGGGAACCUGAACACUAAGUUUUAGGCCAAAAUGAGUGAAAACUCUUUUUUUUUCUUUCUUUCAGAUGCACAGGGAAUGCACCUAUUAUUGCUAUAUAGAUUGUUCCUCCUGUAAUUUCACUAACUUUUUAUUCAUGCACUUCAAACAAACUUUACUACUACAUUAUAUGAUAUAUAAUAAAAAAAAGUUAAUUUCUGCA